UUCACCGAGAAGUGAUAAACAAGCUGUUGACAGCGGGGCGACAGAACUUGCGGUUGUGCCCGAGGGAAGCAUGUAACUUAUGCUCCGAGGCGGGGAUGGUGACAGUUUCAAAUCCAGAAUAAUAACUUGACAGAAGUUCAUAGUAACCUCGCUGAAACAGCGUAGAUCACCUCAGCAUCUGCACCAUGGGAGACAUGAGAGAGACAGACAGCAUCAUCCAAGACGGAGUUGCAACCCCAGGGGAUGGAGAUGCUCCUGAGGUCAUUGUUGAGUCCAAGGUCCAGAUGAAACGGUCCAUGAACCUGUUUCACUGUACAGCUCUCCUAGUGUCCAUCACAGGCCAUUCAGCAGUCUUCAUAGCACCUUCAACGAUCAUCAAGUAUUCCGGCUCCGUUGGGAUGUCUCUGGUGGCCUGGAUGGUUGGUGGUUUAAUAAAUCUCAGUUUGGCCUUGUGUUUUACCGAACUUGGCACCAUGAUGCCUAAAGCAGGUGGACCAUACGCUUUCAUCUACAGCACAUUUGGCUCCCUGCCAGGCUUCCUGAUCCUGUGGGGUUAUAUCGUGCUGAUCUCAGGACCCUUCUGGGCCUUCCAGUCCAAGACUGCAGCGGUGUACAUUGUGAAGGCUAUCUUCCCAGGAUGUGAUGUUCCGGAAAUGGAAUGGGGUAUCAAACUUUUUGCAGCAUGGAUUAUAGUGUCCUUAGUGACUCUCAACUGUGUGUACAUGAAGUACGUGACCCGGGUGCAGACGAUUCUGUCCAGUACCAAGAUGCUCGCCUUGCUCAUCAUCAUUGCUGGAGGUAUUGCCAUGGUGGCUAAGGGAAACACGGAACACUUCGAGAGUCCCUUUGCAGAUACUACCACAGAUACCGGAGACUUGUCCCUGGCAAUCUUCUUCUCCUUGUUUGGCUACGGUGGCUGGCAGGUGCUGAUGACCCUGUCUGAAGAGGUGAAGAACCCAGGAAGAGUUCUCCCUAUGUCGGUGUUCACAGCGUUCUUCAUUGUGAUCCUGAAAACAGUGCUGGUGAACAUUGCUUACUUCACACUGAUAUCUCCAGAAGAAAUGGCUGCCUCCAGAGCAGUUGGGCUGUUGUUUGUUGAAAGGCUGUAUCCUCCAUUGGUGCCUGUGAUAUCAUUCCUAGUUGGAACCAUCACAGUCGGUGCUUUGAAUGCAGGGAUUCUUGGACAUUCCAGACUGCUGUUUGCUGGCUCCAGGGUGGGGCAUGCCUCAGUUCUGUUUGGGAUGAUCCACCAGAAGUACCUGACUCCUGGACCCUCUAUAGUAAUGCUGGCAGUGUGGUCUCUGGUGAUGCUGUUUGUUGGUGGGUUCACCACAAUGAUGCGAUACAUCACCCUGUUCUCCAACACAAUGAGUAUGAGCGUUGUCAUUGCCUUACUGUACCUGCGCUGGGUGAAACCUGAUGAACCACGUCCAUUCAAGGUACCGUUGUUUGUGCCAGUAUUACAAGUGUUUGUGGUCACUUUCAUCCUGGCGCUAGCUGUGUAUCAGAGACCAGUGGAGAUGGGAACAGCUCUGUUCAUCAUGUGCCUGGGCGUGCCAGCGUACCUCUUUUUUGUCACCUGGACACACAAGCCGAGAUUCAUAGCAACAUUUAUAGAAAAGUUCACAAUUGCCGUCCAGAAGAUAUUUUUUGUUGUGAAGACAUCAUAGUGUAUAGGAUAUAUUAUGGGGACAGAUGUACUUUUAAAAUAUUUGAACUGUGCACAUACAUGUUUAUAUCUGCAUACCAAUAUGCCUCCAGGAUGUACUUAGUAGACUGGAGUUUCGUCAUCAGUGUAAAACCACUGGUUAUAAAGUCAGUCUAUGGUACCUUCAGACAAUACUCUUUACAACAUCAAUAGUUUAAGACCCUUUUAAAAUAUUAUAUAAAAUACAUUAUAUUAUGUUAUUCUAAGUUAUCUUUAACAUGUUUAAGAUGACCCCACAUAUACCAUGAAGGCGACAGUUAUCGUGGACCCUCCCCUAACUUUGCAUAGUUGAGCUUGUUCCCCUGGGUUUGAUUGUGUCAAAUGAAAAGCAGAAUACUACUGUCCAGAUAGACAGGGUUCCACUGUUUAAAGGUGAAACGAUGAGUUUUCAUGUCACGAUGUGACACACGAUACCUUUUUUUCUUUUCAAUAAAAGAUGAUACACUUGCAGAAAUAAAUUACAUACUACUCGUUUAACAUGUGUUUAAUGACCCCCCCAGCAUUUGUCAAUCAAAUAUCGCAAGAUGUGUUGUAAUUAAUUCACUACUAAAAAUAGCCACUAAAAACGUGUCUACAGUUAGCUUUUCCUUUUGAAUCUACUCUGAAAUAUAUUGUCAAGACGUUUGUGCGAUUUGACGUAAAUAUGUGUAUCAUGGUACGUAUCGUGACCCUCAUAUCGUGACCUUGUAUCGUUUUCACCCAUAGUAUUGCAGUAAUAUUUCAGGGAUGGAAAUUAACUCAAAAACAAGCCCUCAGGGCCAGUGAGAUUUUGUUUCUGCAAGGCCUACAAAAGGACACUAAUAUCCAUUCCUUCUCUUUGCUUGAUCAAGCUCUCAAACAAAUUAACACCUGCCGUAUAACAACAUGACGGCUGUAUUAUCAGGCUUAAUUGCAAUGUAAUUAUCAGCAUGUCCUUAUAUUGACAUGACACUCAAAUCAGUACUGAGGCUUGCUUUAUUUGAGGGACCAUAGUAGUUUCAUUGAUAGUGAAAUUUAUUCUUCUGUAUAAACAAUUAAAUAUACAUUUUACAUAUUUGACCCACUGGAAAUGUCAAAUAAAUUAUCAUAAAAUUACUGUAAGCUUGCUGUUAUGAUUGACUUCUAGCCAUUUUUGUUUCUUCGACAUUAUUUAGGACAUAGGUAUUGUUAAAAUGAGAGAAAUAGGAUUUUCCUUCAAUAUUUCAAGAGACAAUUAACUAUGAACAUGUCCAUGACCCACGAUUAGUUGUACACUAUAUGUUGUAUUGCUUUAACCUAUAUCUGCUCAGGAAACAUUCUUGGAUUAAAGACUUUCUUGUAUUCAAUGUCAGAAAAAAAAUUCCUGUAAACCUCUGUGAGCAGCAUCUUUGACAAAUCUAACCUCACUGCUUCAUUUGGUUACGUUGAAAGCCCAAGAUCCUGAGCAUGUUGAACACAAAGACUGAACUGCCCUUUGGACACAUUGAAUAACUUCUGAAUAAUUUCUACUGUUUCUUAUUUCUAAAAUUAUUGACGGGCCCAAAAAGUGUUCUUAUCAUACCCAUACCUUAACAAGGUUUAAUGUUUUCAAUGUUGAUGAAAUUGUUGCCCAUCUUUUUGGUGGAGUAUAUUAAUGAGAUGCUGUGUCUGUUAAUUUUUUAUAAGAGUGUAAUAAUGGACAAACUGUCCCAAACACCGAUUCUUGGUGCAAGGCUACAUGUUGAUACACAGGUGUCUGUCUCCAAACCAGUUGUCUCCCUUUGGUCUCUCUUAUAGUAACUGAUUGUGACUUAAUCAGUGAUGUUAUAUAUUGUUUUUUUUAUUGUUGUUGAUAUACACCAGAAAUGUCUGGUUGUGUCGUUUGUUUUUACAGUAUGCCACAUUUUUACUGUAUUUGUUAAUACAGUACUGUUUAAUAUAUCAUUUCUAAUAUGGUUGGGUAUCAUUGACAGGACAUUCAUAAGAACACACCAGUAACGUGAGUGGCAGGGAUAUUAUUGAGUAUGAAAUUCACAAAAAUCAUAAUUUUUCUACAAAUUGAUUGGCUGGUGCACAAUUACUGUUUCAUUGUUUGCAAAAUGUCCUUUGCAACGUAUCAUAGAUCCAUUUGUUGCCGCGAAUAAUGAUGACCACUUUGUCUGCAAUGUCACAGAAGAUUCUGUGUGGCAUCCGUCUUAUAAUGGAAUGAGUGUCCUGACACUGAUUAUGGGUAAUAAAUUAAAAAUAAAUCUAUUCAUGAAUCAUUUUGACGGAUUAUGUUUCAUAAUUGUUAUGUGUUUUUUAUGGUAAAUCAAAUACAUGAAAUGUGUUUGUUGCAGCUGCAAUUGUAAGAUGGAAGAUGCCAAGCUUGGAUAUUUAGACAUAGCGGGUAUUUUUCAAAUUAAACCAGAAUAUAAAAUGGUUCAAAGUUUAAAUAUAUUAUGCAAGAUUCAAGGCAAUAUGUCACAUGCCACUGAGAACUGGUUGGGUAUGAGGUGCUUUAAAAUCAGUUAUGAUUGUUAUUUUACUAGUAAUGGAGUUGCCAAUUUUGGACAAAGCCCUUUCAUUAUUCAUAAGAAAUCCAACUAUAUCAUGAGCAUGUGUUUAUGAAACACUAUCAAAUAGAUCAUUGGUGAUGCUGGUAUUUCAGUGACCAAGAUAUAUGUGCAUAUUUUUCUUUUCAUUAUUGUACCUUAACUGAAGGUU